CCAUCACCUCGAUGUGCUUGUUCCUUCUCUUUUCGUACAUGCGGACCCAUAAAUCGAUAACAAAUCGCCGUUCUAUUGACUCGUGGCCUGCCUGCUGGCAAGACGGUCUACGUCUCGUCUCUUCAGUCAACCAAUAACGAGGACAAUAGCGGGCAACUUGAAAAGGGCUUUUAGUACAAGGUUUCCAACUUUGCACCGUUAAUCUUGUCCGCACGUUUAUUUCAUCCAUGUACGGUCGAAAUACGGGGCAUGACAGAUACCCGUAUUCUCAGAACUCCGCAGCUUUCUAUCAUCGCUGGGACUAUCCUUGGGGCUUUAAUCCGGAUCAGGUAGCCUACAUAAAUCGCCGCUGGGUGGAUAGACAAUGGAGAAACCAACGGGCUGCGUUUGAUGCGAAUAGGAAUCAGAACGCGUAUAUUCCAGUAAAUCAAGUCCGGGAUACCUCAAUCUUUGUCUAUAGACCGCCAGGAGAUGAACGGCCAGUGGUAUUGAGCCACCCUACGUCAGCUUCACAAGCUCCCAUUCUUUACCACUGUACCCCGUGCGGACGCGAAUGCUGGCCUCCUGGACCUCCACCUCCACUCUUACCGCCACGACCACCUCCAGUCGAUUUCAAUGCUCCGAUUGAGCCGCCUCCAUACCCCUUUGCCUUCCAACCCAACUUUCUAAAUACUUCACGACAUCUCAAAAGACGACGAUUUCCAACCCACGCUGUACAAUUUCCGCCACCUCUACCUCCAUCAUUCAGAGGUAACUUCAAACAAACUCCCCGUUGGACACCAUUUGAAAGGGUCAGAUCAUGGAUUGACAAACGCCUCUCCCAGCCAAGACUUAACCCUUUGAUCGCGUAUACCUCUCAACGAUCCUAUCCAAUAAGCUGCGACCUUCGCUGUAAUCGCCCUUAUAUGGCAGCAAAAAGCCACCGACGGCACCGUGUCCUAACGUUUACCGAAUCUUUCGAGCCCGCGACUGUUCCUCCUGUAAACAUGAUGCGACUCUAUCACCCUCUCCUUCCUUGGUAUAUUGAGAUCAAAGCAAGAGAAGUUACCGGGAUUACGAUCUAUGAGUUGCUAUCUGUGCUCAUGCAGGAACUAAGCUGUAGAGUCACAGACCAAGAGUUUGACAGUCAGUGGGUUACUGGGGACGAAAGAGAAGCGAUCUUGCACGCUGCUCUGGAAAGGGAUGGGACCAGUGUAAUUCGAAGAGUUGAUUUUCUGAUGAAUCAAACAGUCUUCAAUGGUUUGGAAAAGGGCGAGAGUGGGAAGUGGAAAUUUCAUACUUCGGGGAACUAUACCGGAACGCACAAUAACAUAGAUACCUAG